CCUCAACCCCAAUUGACACUUGUAUUAAAGAACCUCGGCUGAAUCAAUUCAAUGCGGGCAUCAGUUUAAAGAACAGAAAAACAAACAUGGCAUCUCGCCCGUUGAUAACGCUUUUCGACAUUCCAAGUAUAACACGAAAAUCGUGGUCUCCAAAUGUCUGGAAAGCCCGGCUCGUCCUCAAUUACAAGGCAUUGCCAUAUACCACUGAAUGGCUCGACUUUUCCAACCUCAGUACCUAUAUGCAGCCUCAUGUGAAACCGAAUGAGCCACCUUUGAGCCCGCAUACCAUACCCUGCAUCCUGUUGCAGGAGGGCGAGACCACAAGGGGUAUCAUGGGGUCAAGGUCUAUUGCCGAGGAAUUAGAGAAGCAUUUUAGCACGCCGUCACUUCAAUUCGACUCAGAAGAAUCCGCUAGAGUCGAAAAGUUAGCAGAGAAGCUACUGAUAAGCAGCAGACCGUUAUGGGCACAUUUAUUACCCAAGAAAGUUCUUGUGCCAUCAGAUCGGCAAUAUUAUGCAGACACACGAGCAAAAAGAUUUGGAAUGAGUCUCGAUUCAUAUUAUAGUGAGCACGUCAGCCAGCAGCUUUGGUACCAGCUUGAUGCUAUGUGUCAUGAGAUCGGAGAGGUACUGGCUGAGACCCCAGGACCGUUUUUGAUGAAUUACCAUCCCUCGUACGCUGACUUUACUGUUGUUGCUCUUCUUCGAUUCUUCAGCUGUGUCGAUCAGACCAUGUCAGAUCACUUCUACAGUGCUGAACCGCAGCUUCUCAAGCUGUAUGAGGCCUGUCACCAAUGGCUUGAACGUGAUUAUUAAUUAAUUGGAUCUUUC